CCGCAAAGUAACGCCUGCUUCUAUCCAAUAGUUAGAUAGGUGUACAUAAUUAUUUUAGUUUAAUUAUUAUAGUUUUGCCACUUAGUUUCACACCAUUUGUCCAGUUGAGUCGAUAUGAUAACGUCGAAAUGUGUUAACUUGAUGCACGGCUUGGCUGUUAGGUUUAUUUUCGUUACGGAAUUUCUUGAUUCGGUCGCCGCGCUCAAAGCACGCGAUAAAAUCUAUGCAAUAGCUUAAAUGAAAAAAAAAAUUUCUUUAACUAGCGGACGCCCGCAACUUCGUCCGCGUGGAAUUCAGUUAUUCACAAAUCCCGCGGGAACCAUGGAUUUUUCCGGGAUGAAAAGUAGCCUAUGUGUUAAUCCAGAGUAAAAUCUGUUUCCAUUCCAAAUUUCAGCCAAAUCGCUUCAGUAGCCGCAGCGUAAAAGAGGAACAAACAUACUUACACACUUACACACAAACUUUCGCCUUUAUAAUAUUAGUGUGACUAGUGUGAUAAAAAUAAAUGUUUAUUCCAGGAUUGUAUUCUUGAAAAUCACAUCAAUGGAAAGCGUCUAUUGAUGCUGGAAGAUCCUUCUAAAAUAUCACAACUGAACAUUAAGGAUUUUGACCAUAUUAAGAGAAUAACAUCGCAAGUGCGUCGCACAUUCAACGUUGAGUUUGAGCGAUUCGCUCGCAGCGUGAGCCUUCCGCCGCGCAAGCCACUAACGCAUUGCACGUGGUUCAAGUCUAGGACCGGCCCUACAUACGGGAUCAGGGAGAAUUGGACCAGAUGCGACAUUCUCCGAUGGAUGAAGAUAAUAUCACCGGAGCCUGUCAAAAUGGACCACUGGGACAGAGUGUGGUACCAACAACCUGACUUUCCGAAAGUCAAAUUCGCCCGCCUCCCUCAACCUUAUACGGAACCAAUACCACGGUACACCCCAGUGGAACAACCUGAGUGUUUAGAAAUUAGGGUAAAAAGAAAAUUCAGAUUACUAAAGAACAUACCCAACAAGGAACAAUAUAUUUGGAUGAACAAACCACCCAAAUUAGACAUGAGAGACAUUGAAGAAGAGAAAGAGAAAAAGAAGAAGAUAGAGAAGCGACCGCUAACAGUUCCAAGAGACACGAGACUCACUCCAAAGAGAGUUAGCUUAACUGGUCUCACUGGAAAAGAGUUUCUAUUGGCAAGGAGGAAGAUGGCUACGCCAAAGUUUUUUCCAACGAUAAAGAUUCAUAAACAUUAAAACUUUUGAUUAUGAACCUGAGUUACCUUAAUUAAGUAUGUUUUUUUUUAAUUAUUUACAUAAAUGAUGACGCAAUCGAAGAUGGAAGCGGGCUAACUUGUUAGGAAGAAGAUGAAAUAUCCACACCCCUUUCGGUGUCUAAACGGCAUCGUACCGGAACGCUAAGUCUAAUUUGCCCGUACGGUGGCGCCAAGCCAGUGACGUAAUAAUUAAGAGUGUGCAAUAUGUAAUUUGGUGGUUACAAAUGGUUCUGGAUCUCAGAUUCUGGGAAAAGUUAGGAGCCUGAUAUUUGGGUAAAUGAUAUUUCAAAGUGUUAGCUUUGUUAUGACUAUACAAAAUACACAAUUUGUAAAACUUUUCUCGAUAGUUUAUUUUUUUGAAAAAUACAUGUUUUGCUCACAUUUUGCUUUCAAUCUCAGGAAAAGCAAACUUAUUUUGUUUUGUAUAGAAAAUUAGGUAUAUAUCUUGAACAUGAUCUUUUUGUUUUUCGUUAUGUUGUUUAAUUUACUUGCAAUUAGGUAAAAAUGGUUUUGGCGUUCACGUCAUAAAAUUUGCGUUGCCCGUGCUUUUCACUCACGUGAAAGUCAUAAUUCGGCGUCUCGCUUGCGCUUCGAAUUUUAUCCAUAUCGUACCGACGCGCUGCGCGCUCUUAAAGCCGUUUCUAAAUGAACCACGUGAUGCAAUUGUCUGAAAUUACUAAUCGCCCUCAUUUAUUUUCUACUCUUGUGUUGCACUACAUAUACAGUCGUGCUAAGUAAAAAGCGGUAUCUACAAAAAAAAACAAUUA